AUGUUGACUGCCACCCAGAGGUCCUUGCCCGUAUUGGUUGCCUUUGCUGCGGCAGUCUUUUCAACACCUGCGAAGGCAGCAGCGCCGAGAAGACAGACAGCUGGAACUUCUGCAUUUCUGGGCCAGGACAAGUCACAAGCAGACCGCAUAGAGGCACUCCGUCCUUCACUCAGCCCUGUGGGAGACCUGGGCGAUGAUGUCGCGCCGUCGGCAUUCUGGCCGGUGGUUCCACUCCACACUGGCUUGAAAGCGGUGGAGCCUUCGAAACAUUCACCUCUCUGGAAAGUGGUUGGGCGAAGCCGAAAGCCUGUGGCGAAGCACAGCCAUCCGCACAUGGACAUCGAGGCUUUUUUCUCAUCGACCGUUGCUGGCCAAUGGGUGGCCUUCGGCAUGGUCUGGCUGCUUCUCCUGCGUCUCAGUUUGUUUAUUCACCAGCUGGCGCUGGAAUCCUGCCUCUCUCACGUGAUCGCCCUGGGCGUCUGGGUGCUGGCAGCCAUGGGCUUCCUUGCCUGGACCUUUGCUUCCGCCGGGUCCAGUGCUGGCGAGAAGUGGCUUGAUGGCUACGUGAUGGAGCUGGUGCUCUCGAUGGAGAACAUCUUCCUGUACCACAUGAUCUUGGUCUCUUUCAAAGUUCCUGCAAAGAUGGCACGCUACGCGCUCUUCCUCGUGUCCAUCUUCCAGAUGCUUUUCCAGAUGUUCAUGUUCAUGGGCAUCGCAGCCUGGAUUCGGGACUUGAAGGUGUUGCCAUACCUCCUGGGUGCGUGGCUGGUGCUGGUCGGUCUUCAAACCAUGCGUGAUGAUGACCACGAAGGCUUUGAUGCUGGCAAUUCUGAGUCGUAUAAGACCUUCCGGAUGGCCAUGGGAGAUCGGCUGCUGCCCCAUUACGAAGCUGACGGCAGCGUUUUCGUGUACAAGAGCGGCCGCAUCUGUGUCACCAUGAUGGGGCCGGUGACGUGCUGCCUGUUACUGGUAAUGUUCGCAAUGGAGGUGGAUGUGACUCUGACCAAGAUAGAGGAGAUUGACAGCCACUUCAUCGCCUGGUCUUCGUCCGUCCUGGCAGCCUUUGCCUUGCCAGAGCUCUUCGUUGUGGUACGGGAGCUCUUGAGAAGCUUCUAUCUCCUCAAGAUUGGGAUCAGCCUCUUGGUGAUAUUUUUCGGCAUCCUCCUGCUCCUUAGAGAUGAUGUGCAGUUAUCGGAUGCCACCGAGCUAGCAGUGAUGGUUUCGAUUGUGGUGGGCUCCAUCAUCAUGUCCCCCAUGUUGGGGUACAAGCACCGAGAUGCGACAAUGUACUGUGAGGAUAGCGGUACACCAUAUGGCUUGAGCAAGAAAGAGAUCGCCUACAGCGGCGAAGAUGCAGGCGGCGAUGGAGCAUCGGAAACUUCGACUGACUUCACGCCCUCCUGUGCUGACUUCCCGGCUCAUGAUGGCAAUUCCGCAAAGUAG